AUGAUCAUCGGGCAACUAUUCCGACUGAAAAGUCCCAGGGACCCCGCGAAUAUUCGUGAAGUUCGCAAGCACCUUCUCCCCGCUCGCCUCGUUUGCCGACGAUGGAAUUCUAUUGCGACUGAACACCUGUAUCAACCCCUGGAGCUAGCACACACCGGAACCGUCAACGGCGACGAGACUGGGUUUGAAGGCUGGAACAAGACUCUCGAUAUCGAAGCCGCCAGGAAUGCUGCUGAACGCGUCAUCAUCCAGAGCUGCUCCGAGAAAUCAAGGCAAUUUGGGGACUGGGAAAACUGGAAGAAUGGAGAGUAUGAUGCUUUCACAUCAGCCAUUAAACGGAUCAAACAGUUGCCAAACAUCAGAGCUAUCGAACUGCACUUCAGCGAGAAAUGCAAAGGCCGGUGGUCCAAUCUUCACAACCCGUGGAACGACGUUGAGCCUAGCGAGACCCGACUAGACACACUCAAGGCAGUUUUCGAGGCCAUUCGGGAACGUGCAGUUCAGCCUAAUACCGAAGUCAGCACAAUUCAGUCCUUGACGAUUCGUAACCUCCAAAACAUCCCGCAUCAAGAAUUCGUCAACUCUGGUCUUUUCAAAGACGUCGCCAAGGACAUCGAUCGUCUUCACCUGUUGAUUACAGAUGAGUAUAAUGAACACGGCCCAGACCGCGACAUAUUCAUGGAAGAGCGCCUGGAGUUUGAGAGCCAUCUGCAGCGACAGUUUCUUCCUUGCUUCGCGGCCAAUCUCACCGCUCUGACCUUGAACUUCCACGAGUGUUGGGGCACCAUGCCGGGAUACUUCGACGGGGCAGGCCUAGUGUUCCCUCGCCUAAAGACGCUGAAUCUGGGAAACUUUGUCAUCAGCAACAACCGUCAUUUUGACUGGGUUCUCUCACAGAAAUCGCUUGAAACUUUGCGUCUGGACAGCUGUCAUAUUGUUUCUCACAUUCAGGUUGACACCGAGGAAACCAAGGAGUGGGAUCUUCACAGGGAAGAUUGGCAGCGUCUGUCCAAAGGCUCGUACGGCAUAUUUUAUGACAAUGCCGAACUCUACAGGUUCGAUGGCACGUGGGAGUCUACUUUCGAUAAGAUCCGGAACAACCUUCCCCACCUCAAGGACUUUCGCUUUGAUAGGCAGUCUUACAGACUUCACUUUCUCCAUCCUACGAGGAUCGGCACCGUGCUGCACCCGAGUCGAUACAUCAACUUCGACGCAGGAACCGGUCCUAGUCCAUGGUUGACUUCAGAUAGUGAGACUGGUGAGAUGUACUUUGGAGAUUACGAGUGUUCUAUAAACCGUUCCGAAGAAACAAAGCAGGGCGACGCCAGAGCGUUCAGAGAUCUUCUCAGUGCCUGCCAUGAGAGGCAUGAGUAG